AUGCGUAAAUCAACAUCUGAAAAAACUCUUCCAGAAACAAUCAACAUAAAAAACCCAUCCGAAGAUGAAAAAUCCACUCUCCAACAACAAGAUUGGUUUUGUGAAUUAGUUUCAACCUACACAGAGCACAAGAUAAACGCACUUGAGAAGGAAAAUCAAAACCUAAUCCAAAAGUUGUUGGCUCUAACAGUUGAUCAACGCUAUAUUAAAUUUCUUGAAUCUAUUCCUUCAUUGAUGCAAAAACAACAAGAGCACAACAAACAAGGAAACUCUGACAAUGAGUACAAAAAGUUAAACGAGAAGCUUGAUGAAGUAAUUGAUGAUUAUGAGGACGUCAAGAGGAAAUUAAAAAAAGCAGAAGAGAAUGCAAAAAAACCAAAGAUGCUUUUGUUGAACAGCACUAUUAUAAUGAAGAGAAUAUUAAAGAAAUCACCAGGAAAGAAGAGAAGGUACGUGAAGAAUUGGCUACCUUGA